AUGGCUGCAGUUAUCCAGCAGAGUGGAUGCGCGGAUAACGACGAUAAUGAAGCCUAUUGGAAAGCCUACGACUCUGCUAAAACAGGACAUCUCGCCGUACUGCUUGAUAAGAUCAAUGUCAAUGCCAGAAGCCAACAUAGGCCAGAUUCGAGGUCAAAUAUCAUAUUCCAGCUCUUGCUGCUCAUCUUGGCCAUGCUUCCAGGAUCGAGCUUGUGUCAUCUCAGAUGCAUGGGCAAAAUUGUCAUGUCGACGCAGAGUUCGAAGAUGGGAUGGCAUGGAUUGCCGGAGAUUGACGACCAUGACGAAAUUUUCGACGCAAUUAUUGACUGGGACGAUGCCAACGACCCGGACUAUCCCCUUCCAGCAGCGCCAUCCCAGUUACAGAUACUCACCGUUGACCGUGGCGAUAUAUCAACGCAAGCCCUGUCUCGAAUCAUCGAGCACUGCACCAACUUUGAAUCAUUCAGAUAUAUAGUAUGCUACGCAAUGGGCGUAUUUGGCCGAUACUGGGAGAACCUCCCCGAAAUAGAUCCCAUACCGGACAUGACGCUCGAAUCCGUCUGUGCUGCCCUACUCAAACACACCAAAACAUCACUACGACGUCUCCAUCUCGAAAUUUCUGAUUACGGCGCAAUGUGUGGGUGUCGUCAUGACCAUUGUCUCAAGCCAUACGGAAAGUACAUAUCCAUCAACCCUUGCGCACCACAAACCACGAAUUGGAAAUGGAACGAGUUCACGAAUCUGGAACGUCUGACUCUGGAUCUGGAUAUAUUCAGUAACUCUACAGGAGGCUGGCUUCCGUUCGCGGAGACAUUGCCCGUCUCAAUCAAAGAAGUCACGAUCCUGUGCCAUCGCUGUCCUCCAGGCACCAACAAACUCGACUUUGAAAACAUAUUCCGCGGAUUCAAACCUCAAGACUUCCCAGGUCUACGCUCUAUAAACGCAUGGCAUCGCAAUUUUAAAGAUUUCACUGAAAUCGGCCAUAAUGGAGCCGACUACAUUCUGCAAACAUAG